AUGAGCGGUCACGCCGACGGGCGACGACUAAGUCGUGUCGAACCUAGCGAAAAUGCCCGGACGUUAGCCACUCGUACACCUGACCCUGACAAGUUAGCACGCCGACGGUCGAUCAGUGCCGCCGGGCGACGACUAGGUCGUGUCGAACCUAGCGAAAAUCCCGGACGUUGCAACCCAUGA